AUGUCUUCAUCCGAACCCGCCCCCGCACCCCCAGCGCCUGAAAAUGGGGCCCCAGAGCUGGAUGUUGCUAAGCUCCAUGCUCUCCCCUCCGAACAACAGGACCUCUACCUGCUCACCUUCACCUCCGAUCUCCUGCAGUUCAUUUGCGGCCUCGAUUCCGCUCAACUAUCAGCACAACAGAAAUCCUUGAAAAAGGAAUUGUUCAAGAUCUUGACCCUUACCUCCCCCACAAUUACGAGAGUCCUCCGCAACAACCUUGGACGAUGCUUCGGUACGAUCCUCGCGAAAGGGGAUCGCGGGAUCCUCUUCGAAACAAUCACCGAUCUUCUGGGCCUCAUAAAUGCAAGCAAGAGCGAAGCCGAUGUGAAGGUUAAGUUCGCCGCGGCGCAUUGUCUGGGUGAGGUGUUUGCCACAGCUGGCGAGAGCGCAUUCAUGCAAUCCAACUUCGCAACGGCUAGCAUACUGAAGCUGCUCAAAUCAGCUAGUAAUCAUACAGGUCUACGGGGUGUCAUAUUCUCAGUACUCCGCAAGAUCGUGGUGGGCAUUGGUCUGCCGAUCGACGAGGCGACUGCUCGCGAUAUUUGGAAGCAAGCGCGCAACGCAGCGACCGGCGAUAAGUCUACAUUUGUGCAAGUGCAUGCAUGCCGCUGCCUGGAGCAGUUGAUUAAUACGACCCCAUUUUUUGAGAAUGUGAAUGACUUUGAGGUUCUGAAGACCAUGAUGUGGAAGGUCAUCGAUAGCCCCACUGCACCGGUUCGACAUGCCGCCGCGGCCUGUCUUGGCCGUGCUCUGAUUAAGCUUCACGCCACAGAAACGCAUGUUGCUGCGGCUCCAAAGCCAAAGUCUAAGAAAAUGAAGAGAAUGUCUAAGAUGCCGGGUCCCAGGCCCGGAGAUGAAGAAGAAGCCGAGAUGUCAGAGUCUUCUGUUGCACCAAAGAAAUCCGAAUCUCGAUUAUUCUUCCUUCUUCCAGAUCUCUUGCGCCAGCUUUCUUCGCAAUAUCUAAAGAGUACGACCUCCAAUCGCACUCGCGCAGGCAUCUGUAUGUGCUAUAAGUAUAUCCUACGCAACCUGGGAGAGCAGAUUGUCGAGGAGCGAUAUGGGGAGAUUGCCUCCAAUCUUUUUAUUGAACUCUUAAACCACCCGACCGUUACAUACAACCGAUUCCGUCUGCUUAUGACUCGCAAGUUUGUGAAGACUAUUCUCGAGGACACCAUUGGCGGUGAAAUGCUCCAGGAGAGCAGCCGGCUUAAUGCUGCCAAGUGGAUAAUCAACGAGAUCUUGAGGGACUAUCCGCAAGUGAUCCAAGAACGUCGCGAGCCUAGCAAGUAUACGUUGACCAGUGCUGUCAGUGCUUUGUCGUCCCUGAUUUCAUCACUCGGAUCCGCUUUUGCCGUUCAUGCCGAUAGCUGUCGUGAUGCCUUACUUCAGGUCUUACCUCAUCCCAGCUACACGGUUCAGAUUCAUACCGCGCAUUGUUUACGCAGCUUUGUGCUUGCUUGUCCCUAUCAACUUCUGUCUUGUGUGACCAUCUGCAUGAAUAGCUUGAACAGGGAGAUUGGGCAACUCGCUACGCCAAGACAAUCAUCUCGUCGAUGUGUUGGAUAUGCAAACGGCCUCUCGGCGAUGCUGAGCACUUCGCGCCUGCAGCCACUCUAUGGAGCUGUUGAUGUAUUUGCGCGGAUAUUCUCCCAGGCCACAGAGCUAUUGAAGACUAGCGGCACUUGUGAGCUUCGGGUUGCGAGCACCCAAAUCCAGGUUGCAUGGAUCUUGAUUGGAGGCCUCAUGCCACUUGGACCGAGCUUCGUCAAGAUUCACCUCUCCCAACUCAUGUUACUUUGGAAGAAUGCUCUGCCAAAGCACCUGAAGAAGGAGAACUCUGCCCAGCCAAGCAAUUUAGAGACCAGCUUCCUCGCUCAUGUGCGAGAAUGUGCGUUGAGCGCCCUACUGGUGUUCAUGGAAUUCAACAGCAAGCUUAUCACUGCAGAUGGUGCGAAGAGAAUUGCUGCCAUGUUGCAAAAUACCGUCGAAUUUUUGGAUGAUUUGCCGCGGCCUAAGUCCAUGGAAGAUAUUUCUCAACGUCUCCACCCCUCCCUUCAGCUUCAUGACUUCACCACGAUGGUUCGUCGUCGGGUUCUCCAAUGUUUCUCGAAGUUGGUGCAUGUUCAUCAUCCCAGCCAUGGCGAUAUUAUCUCCCAGUCUAGUUUGCUAAGUCUGGCUAUUUCUUCCUUUGCGGAUCCAGAUGCCCAGUACAGGCCGUUGGAGAGCUCAAUCGCAGCUUCCACGGGUCAGUUUGAUGGCUUGUGGGACCUUUGCGACAACUACGGCUUUGGAGUGACCGGACUUGCUCGAGAAUACAUCUUGGCGGCGUUGUCUGGAACCCACGGAAGUGAAAAUACGCCAACGUGGUCUGCAAUUGAUUCUGCCGAUGAUGUUGCUGAUGAUGCUCUGACUUUCCCUGUGUGCCAAGCCAGCGAGCACGACUCGGUGCUUCUGUACAGCUUGCGAGAUGGUGAUUCUCUCGUAGUGGAUCCCCCGACUACUGGUGUUGUCAACUCUGCAAUUGACCUGUUUUCGGUUGCUAUUGCUUUGCACUCCCCUAAGAUUCAAGAAAGUAGCGUUGAGCAGAUUGCCUCAUUCCUGACAUCUCCGGCUCUUCAAAGGAAUCCGGGACGCAAGGCCGCUUUGGGUGUGAACGUUGCUGUGGCCCUUCUGCACGCCCUCAAAGUUGCAGUGAAGGAAACAGACUUCGUGGCUGGAAAAUUGAGUACAUCGACGGAAAAGCCCUUGCAAGAGCUCAUUCAGAAAUUCACCAUCGAUGCCGACCCUAUCGUUCGAACAAUUGGUGUGGAGGCACUGGGUCGUUUGUGCGAUAGUGCCGGGAACUCCUUGACUAAUACCCAGGUCAAUUGGCUUGUGGACACCAUUGUUGCAAACCGAGAGCCAAAUGCCCGCGCUGGCUGUGCUGCUGCCCUUGGAUGCAUCCAUUCACAGGUCGGUGGUAUGGCAGCUGGUCUGCAUCUCAAGACCAUUGUUGGAGUUCUAAUGUCUCUUUGCAAUGAUCCUCACCCAGUUGUCCAUUUCUGGGCUCUUGGUGGAUUGGAAAGAGUGGCCAACUCUGCAGGUCUGACAUUUUCUCCAUUUGCCUCUAGUUCAUUGGGCAUGUUGGCUCAGCUAUACAACGCUGAUACUCACAAUGAAGAAUGCGCAGCCUUGGCGACUUCUAAUAUCGAAAUGUCAUUCUUAACGCCUGUUGUUAUUGGUCGAUGCGUUGAUUCGCUCAUCAAUGUUCUUGGCCCAGAUUUGCAAGAUAUUGCAAAGACUCGCAACCUCAUUCUGACUCUCCUCCGGCAAUUCCAGUUGGAAGAAAACGCUGCUUUGGUCACCGAGAGCUCCAAAUGCUUAGAUCACUUCUCCCUUUAUGCCUCGAGCUAUGUGGAUUUCCCUGGAUACGUGAAACGUUUGCAGAAGGAGCUUCGAGCAAACAACUCAUUUAUGCGAGACGUGGCUGUGCGUGGUCUAAGCAAUUUGAUGAAGCGUGACGCCACAUCCGUGGUGCAGACUGCAAGCGAGACUCUUGAAGAUGAUAUUUGGCUUGCAUUCGAUGAUGCGCCGGAUAACCUUCCAAUCAAGACUAUGAUUCAGGAAUGGCUGCAACAAACAGCACUUACAGAGACCGAGCUGUGGAUUCAGCGUUGCCAGAACAUCAUGACCAAGACCCGUAAUAAGGUGGAAGUGCUACCAACCACAGCAAUCCAGACGGCUGCGGCUGACAUUCCGGACGACGAAGUCGCUGGCUUCGCCUCUGCUGCCGCCGGAGAUAACCAAGGCGACCCUACAAACGGAGCUAUCACCGGCCAGGAAUUCCUAAAGUGGCAAACGCGCAACUUUGCCAUGGCCUGCCUUUCCGAGCUUCUAGCGACAGUACAGGAAGCUAUUUUGCCUGAUCAAUCAAUUCCUGCAGAGCUGGCCCUUCAAUCCAAAGUCGGGGAUAUCGUCAGAAUGGCAUUUUCAGCUUCGACUGCUAAUGUUAUCGAGCUCCGCGUGUGGGGUUUAAAGAUUAUUGAUCAAGUUUUGACCAUGUUUGGCAAGACCCCAGACCCAGAUUUCGCCGAGGCGUCUUUGCUUGAGCAGUACCAGGCCCAAAUCGGCUCUGCUCUCACUCCUGCGUUUGCGGCCGACUCGUCACCUGAGCUAGCUUCUGAGGCAAUUAACGUCUCGGCCACUUUCAUUGCGACUGGAAUUGUCACAAACGUGGAUCGGAUGGGAAGAAUCCUAAAACUUUUGGUCCUUGGCCUCGAAAACUUCUCGAGAGAUCCCGAGACUACUAAUAUUGGCGAUUUGAAAGGCUUGAACUCAAACGCCCGGGUUAUGGUCAAGCUAGCCCUCUUUUCUGCUUGGGCCAGGCUUCAGAUUGCCAGUAUUGAUCAGGAAUACCUCAACCAGGUCGUUCAGCCUUACGUUGCCAAGCUCACUCCACUUUGGCUUGCCUCUCUCCAGGAGUAUGCUCGGCUGCGCUUCGAGCCAGAUAUUUCUGGUGCGUUAGGCACAAGCACUCAAAGUAAUGAUUUGGAUGAGGUUUACGCUGCAUUGAACCGUGAGACAUUGCUCAAGUUCUACCAAGAUACCUGGCUCAAUCUCGUUGAUGCAAUUGCUGGCCUGGUUGAAAAAGACAUUGACUUUGUUUUCGAUGCGUUGGAUGGCAAGUUGCAGCUGCCAGAGGAAUCCGACAAAGCCAAGGAAGAUGAAAACAAAGAAGGCCAAGAACUUACUAAAACCGAUUCUGAAGGCAAGGGCCAUGAUAUCAAUUAUCGUGAGGAGCCUGUCGCAUUCUUCUUUGUUCUGUUUGGCCUUGCCUUCGAGUCUCUAGUCGACCAAGGAACUUCUCCUUCACAGCGCCUCGCAAUCCUCCAGGCUCUCAAACGAAUUCUUCGGCCCAUUAUCUCUGGAAAUGCUAUCUACCAAGAUGCCAUUUUCUCAGAGACUAUGGAUACCUUUGACCGGCUCGUCUUGACAGAGAGCACACCCAUCCAGACCGUCAUUGUGGGCAUUGCGCAGAAUCUCUCGCUUGACCAUCCUGCGGCGCAAAGUGACCAGGAGCGGAGUGAUCAUCUGUCGGAUGAUAUCGAGCAGCUGUUUGAGUUGACUAGAAGUAUCAUUCUGGUUCUUGCAGGCAUGCUCCCCAACCUUCGUGAAUCAACGCCUCUAGCACGGUUCAACGUGUCUUCGGAUGAUUCCUUGGCUCUCAUUCGCUUAGCACUGCGCUCUCUCGUUGAUGUUGCGUCUGUGUUCCCUUCCAUCAUCCGCAACGACCUUCAUGCUUGUAUCCUUCAUAUUUUCACCACAAUUCUCGCAACUGGAAUCUGCCAGACCGAAGUUGUACCACAAGCUCUUCCAAUUUUCCGACAGUUCAUCUACGGAAUAACACACUCGCCCGAAGUCGGAGACGACAUGGAUGUGGUUACUUACCAGAUGCGAGGAUGUCUUACCCGCUUCUUGACUAUUCUCACAAUUGCCCAGCGUCGCGAGUCGGAAACUUCCAUGCCCUGCGCCAAAAAUACCCUUUUGGCUAUCACUUUCCUGAUUACAGCAGGUGGACAUGUCCUGCCGCCACAAGAUCCACUCAUCACGCGCGUCCUCGACGAGCUCCUCGAUUGUCUCCAAGACGUCGGCCUCGCCACCGUUGCCGCGAGCUGCCUUCGCUCGAUCGUGCUCAAGCCUAGCCCCCGUUAUACUACCGAUGAUGUGAUCUCCCGAUACCUCCUUCCGCGUCUAAUCGCGUUCCUCGUUGGCUGCCCAUCCGACGCAGGGGAAGUUCCGACCGACCCAGAGAACUCGCGAACAGUCAUUGCUCGCACGCUCGUGUCCUGCGUGUCUAACUCGACAUUCUCCCCGGCUGAGGUCCCAGCUGCCGUCUCGCUAGUAAUGUCCGCAUUGCUAGCCCGGGCUCAUCGCGAGGGACCGUCAGUCCACAAGGAAUCUGCUGGCCAUCUCCUUGAACUAGCCAAAGCAGACCAGGUCAGUUUCCGGUCCUUAGUGGCGAGUAUGAAUGCAGACCAAAAAUCUCUUCUGGAGGACGUUCUCCGCAGUGCUGGUAUUGGAGCCAGUGCCUCGGCGGACGGUGAAGCAAAUGAUAAUGUACCGCAAGCUGCACCAAGUAUUGCUCUGCGCAUGGAUUUCUAG